CAUCCUCCUGGACAAAUAGCAAGGAAAUACAGUUCAUGCUCCACUAUUUUCCUUGAUGAUAGCACAGUCAGUCAACCAAACCUCAAGUAUACAAUUAAAUGUGUAGCUCUUGCAAUAUAUUACCACAUCAAAAACAGGGACCCAGAUGGAAGGAUGCUGUUAGAUAUUUUUGAUGAAAACCUUCACCCUCUUUCGAAAUCUGAAGUGCCACCAGACUAUGACAAACACAACCCAGAGCAGAAGCAGAUUUACCGAUUUGUUCGGACACUGUUCAGUGCUGCUCAGCUGACUGCUGAAUGUGCCAUUGUCACCCUGGUAUACCUUGAAAGACUUUUAACGUAUGCAGAGAUAGAUAUCUGUCCAGCCAACUGGAAGCGAAUUGUUCUAGGGGCGAUUCUGCUGGCCUCCAAGGUGUGGGAUGACCAGGCCGUGUGGAAUGUGGAUUACUGCCAGAUCCUGAAGGACAUCACAGUGGAGGACAUGAAUGAGCUAGAGCGACAGUUCCUUGAAUUGCUCCAGUUCAACAUCAACGUCCCUUCCAGUGUCUACGCCAAAUAUUAUUUUGAUCUUCGCUCUUUGGCAGAAGCAAACAACCUGAGCUUUCCCUUGGAGCCCCUGAGCAGGGAGCGGGCCCACAAGCUGGAGGCUAUCUCUCGCCUCUGUGAGGACAAGUACAAGGACCUGAGAAGAUCCAUAAGGAAGCGGUCAGCAAGUGCUGACAACCUGACUCUGCCUCGGUGGUCCCCAGCCAUCAUCUCCUAAUACAGUGUCCCCACUGGAGGCUGUGCCAUCCCUCAGUUUCUCCUUUAGCUUGAGAAAAGACACAAGCGGGGUGGUUCUGUUUUGUUUUUUCCUCUCCUUUUCUUUUUAAUUCAUAGUUCCAUCAGGCUGCCUUCAUGACCACCUCUGUGCUGUGUGCCACAACACAGCAAGGCUUCGAGGGACGCAAGAUCAGUGUUCUGGAAAUGCUGGGCCAUGCUUUUCCUCGUCGUCAUUAACAGCACUCCCUCUGGAGGAAAGACUGUAUCCCGGAGGAGGAAAUGAAGGGACAGGAAAGUCGUGUAGAGGCAGGGAAAAUGGUUGAGUGGCUUGGCCAUUUCUGAGUCCCCCAUCUGGUCAGUAGAUGAGUAGACGGAAACUGCACGAUAGAUAGCAGAGUUGGAUGUGCAUUAAAGACAGGAGUGCCACGUUCAUUACCCUGUUGGAUCAGUAUGUUCUGUAAGACUUCUUGCAUUCCUUCUUGCUGCUUUUGGGGGAUUUGGGGGAUUUUUGUUUGUUUUUACUCCGUUUUGGUUUUGGUCCUGGUCCCACAGAGCAGAGAUUAUAGUUUGUACCCACCACAGCACAGACAUCCAAAUAAAUAGUACUGUUUGUUUCUCUCUGCACUAUUUUUGCGAGCUGUCUUCUGAACUUUCUUCCUCACAAGUGGGAUGUGUUUGUUACGUUUCUGUACACCUUUACAUAGUUUUUCUUCAACAGUGGCAAAUUAACUUGACUGUAAUGCUGAACCAAAAGUAUCCCUCUCCCUCCUCAUUUCUCACCCCAAGAAAAUUCUAGAUCACAUGGGUGCUUGCGCCUUCCAAUGUUCUUGCAGUUGUUUUUUGUUGUUAUUUUUCAUUCCCUUUUUUUUUUCCCUCUCACCUGAAGUUGUAGUUACAAAAAUCAGUCAGACUUUGUGAGCAGAAGGAAACAAUAUGCAGCAAAGGGUAUCCUCAGGGUGAGAGUGGUGUUUGUUUUUUUUCUUUUAGUGUUUCCAGGGAGCAUGAUAUCUGCCGGAAGUCAUUGCAUAGGACAUGUCUGUGUACUCCCUAGCCAUGCCAUUCUGUACUUAUGUCCGUUGUUGCAAGCAAUAUUCUUCUCAAUUUUUAUAUGUUUACUUUAAAUCAAAGUUAGUCUAUUUGUAUAAAAUUUUUUAAAAAUCUAAAACUUAAAAAAAAAGGUGGGUGGGUGUUCUAGUGGGAAGAUCACUGACAGGAAAAACGUUACUAUUUACUGAGGUAUUUUUCACAGAAUGAAUAAAAACUCAACUUGCAUUUUCAUUGUGGGUGCUUAGAGAAGUUACACAAAAUUCAAGCUGUGAAGGUUUAUGCUUCGUUAAUUAUGACUGUACUUUUUCAUUUUCUGACUAGCCCUGAUUUCCUUAUAGGUGAGAAUCUUUUAUAUCAAGUGAAAUAAAAGGGUUAAAGAUAGAACAUCAGAGCAAAUGUGGUAUUAAGUCUGGGCACUAGUCAUUUGCACAUACAGUGCUUUGGGUGUUUGCUCAUUUUCUUAGGUCACAGUGACUGAGGUUUCUGAGUUUUUUCCUUUUUCAUGUCUGAGGCAAAUGCCAGUAGAUGGUCUCUUUUUCCUUCUAGAUGCACUUAAGGAAACUUUGGACUCUUAUGUUUGUGUUGAGUACCUUAAAGUCAUAACCUGAUCCCUGAUAUGCCUGCUCUCAAUGAACCCUACUUUGGAAAUGGAAGGGACUCAAGAGAGUCACAAUCCAAACCAAGAAUGCUGUCAGGUUUCGGUGGAAUAUGGAGUACAUGGAAUCAUAGCUGCUUAGGCCAGAGUAAGGUCAAGCUAUUUCUGGUGUAAACUUUCAAAAGCAAGCAAGCAAGCAGAUAUGAGAAAUAAUUACCUUCCCAAUGUAAUUGUGUUGAUUUACUCUAAAUGGGUAUCAAAAUCAGCUUCACUCUUCAAUAAGAGUUGAAUUUAGAACUCUAGAGAGCUUAAAAAAUGUAGAAAGUAUCAUUUUAUAUUCCCUAAUCUAUAUAAAUUUAAAAGGGACAUAUUUUCUUAGCUGAAUAUGAAUACCUCUUAGAAAUAAAUUCGUUCCUCUCAUGUAAAAUAUCUUAUUUUAGUGUUCCAUUUCAGGAAAGAGGUUCUGCUGACUUUAUAGCAGAAAUCUUAUUUUUAUCCCUUUUAUUUGGAUGAGAGAUUUGAAAAUUGAAUUAUGUAAAUAUUUCAAUGCAUCUGCUAUUAUUUUGUGGAGUUUAUUAAACUACUUUAAAAGAUUGUAUAGUCUAUUUAUUGUAUGUGUGUACAAUAAUCUGAUAACCUGAAAUUUACAGUGGAUUGCAUACAACCUGGCUAAGUCUUCGUCAGACUGUUGAAUAUUGUUUUAGCCUUGUGCACUGGACUCUACCUCUGUAUAGGAAAAAUUUCCAUAUUCAUUAGUAUCAGUCUGUAUUAAUUGGCUAUGUUUCUUGCACAAAACUUUUAAGUUGCUGUAAGUGUAGACUUUAGUUUUACUUUUUGCAGUAUGAAUCACUUAACCAUAUAGAUAGAUAUCUUAGGUUGGUUUUAUUUUUCUACAUGAUGAUGAAGACUUAAGUUUUGUCCUCUGGUUUGUUCUAAGUUUGCCAAAAGGAAAAACAAAACACAAAACAAGAACAGUACCUAUUGAUAAAUCAUAGUGACUGUAAUUUGUCUGCAAGGUGGUUUAAUGCCCUACAAUUAUGACUGGUUGGCUAUUUAGGAACACAUUGUCUUAGUGUAGUUUUUGAAUGGAGAGGUUUUGUUGGUCAUUAAUGAAGGGUGAAGAAAACCACAUAAUAUGUUGACUUUAAUUUUAGAUUUGAGUUAAUAAGUAAAAUAAUUGGGACAAUAAAUAUGCAUCCCAAUCGAUGAAUUUUGUUUGUUUUCCAGUUUUUAACUGGAGAAGGAAAGGAAGUCGGGGGUUUACAACUAAACUGGAGGGCCAGGGGAGAGAUCCCAUAAGCCCUGGAUGUACUCCCGUGCCUUAAUGCACUAGGUGAGGCCAGGGGCUCAGCCUCGUCCCACCUCCUCCUGCCCUUCCAGGCUGCUCUCCUUCCUUCUCUUGGUCAUUGGCAGGGGUGUUACCAUCUUGGGGUAUCCCUUGGUUCUGGGAAUUUUGCUCCUUAGCCCAGCUGCAAAGCAGAAUUUGGGGAGUAAGCACUUACGACUUUUCCUGCUGCUUUUGGUAACCUCUCACCUGGGGCCAUAUUUUAUGGCUUUGAAUUUUUCAAAACAAAAUAUUCCUGGUUCAUUGUAGGUAUUUAAUAAGUGUUAAAUAAAUAAACAU